ACGUGUUGUUGUUGGGCCCGGAAAGCUGCUUCCGGGUCAAUGCAGGACACUGGGCUCCGGCGGCCGGAGUGGGGGCCGAGAAUUUUAGGAAAGGAAGAUGGACCAACCCAGUGGAAGAAGUUUUAUGCAAGUAUUAUGUGAAAAGUAUAGUCCUGAAAACUUUCCUUACCGCCGUGGCCCUGGGAUGGGAGUCCAUGUCCCAGCCACACCUCAGGGCUCUCCUAUGAAAGAUCGCCUCAACCUCCCAAGUGUACUAGUGUUGAACAGCUGUGGAAUUACCUGUGCAGGAGAUGAAAGAGAAAUCGCUGCCUUUUGCGCUCAUGUGUCGGAAUUAGAUCUUUCUGACAACAAACUUGAAGACUGGCACGAGGUCAGUAAAAUUGUGUCAAAUGUUCCCCAGUUGGAGUUUCUAAACCUGAGUUCCAACCCUCUGAAUUUGUCAGUUUUAGAAAGAACAUGUGCUGGGUCGUUUUCUGGGGUUCGCAAACUCGUCCUCAACAACAGCAAAGCUUCAUGGGAGACAGUACACACGAUCCUGCAGGAGUUACCAGAUUUGGAGGAGCUCUUCCUGUGCCUUAAUGACUAUGAUACAGUGUCUUGUUCGUCUAUUUGCUGUCAUUCUCUUAAGCUCCUACAUAUAACGGACAAUAACCUCCAAGACUGGACUGAAAUACGGAAGUUAGGAGUUAUGUUUCCUUCACUGGAUACACUCGUCCUGGCCAACAAUCAUCUGAAUGCCAUUGAGGAGCCUGAUGAUUCAUUGGCAAGGUUGUUUCCUAAUCUGCGAUCCAUCAGCCUCCACAAAUCAGGUUUGCAGUCCUGGGAAGACAUUGACAAACUAAAUUCAUUCCCCAAACUUGAAGAAGUAAGGUUGUUAGGAAUUCCUCUUCUGCAGCCAUAUACCACUGAGGAGCGCAGGAAACUGGUGGUAGCCAGAUUGCCAUCAGUUUCUAAACUGAACGGCAGUGUCGUCACCGACGGUGAGCGAGAAGACUCUGAGCGAUUUUUUAUUCGCUACUAUGUGGAUGUUCCAAAGGAAGAAGUACCAUUCAGGUAUCACGAACUGAUCACAAAAUAUGGGAGAUUGGAGCCUUUGGCAGAAGUGGACCUAAGACCCCAGAGCAGUGUAAAAGUAGAAGUCCACUUUAAUGAUCAAGUGGAAGAAAUGAGCAUUCGUCUGGACCAAACAGUUGCAGAACUAAAGAAACAGUUGAAGACACUGGUGCAGCUAUCCACAAGCAACAUGCGUCUCUACUAUUUUGACCAGGAAGCACCUUUUGGCCCAGAAGAAAUGAAGUACAGUUCUCGGGCAUUGCAUUCCUUUGGCAUUAGGGAUGGAGAUAAAAUUUAUGUGGAAUCAAAAACAAAAUAACCUCUACCAGCCUUGUAAAAACACAUAUAGGAACUCUUGCAGGGCAUUUGUUUCCAGUGUGGUUUUCUUUAGGAGGGGGAAGGCUGUUUUUUUGUUUUGUUUUGUUUUGUUUUGUUUACCUUUGGGAGGGAUUUUGUAUAUUUUUUCCCUAGAAUGGGUAGGGGGCUGUUUUUGGUAUUUUCUAUUACAUAUUUCUUCAGCUCAGCCAGCAGAAUUGGCCACAUCUACAGUCCAUGUGCCCUCUCGCAUAAAGAUGACAAAGAAAUCACCAACUUCUUACUGUGUUCCCUGGGCUUUGUCUACCACUUGGUUUUGCUUGUGAAGAGUGCAUGAAAAGCAUAGCCCCUCUGAGGGUGUCUUACAGUAUUUACAUCAGGAGACAAGGCAUCUUCACAGGAAGGACUAGCACUUCUCUCAGUUUUUCCUGUCUGCCUUCCUCUCCCUCCUUUCCUCAGUUGUUUUCAGUUUUUCUCUUUGACUUGUGUCAGUACAUAGCUAAUAAUUUUAUCGCGAUCAUAAUUAACUUACCUCUCAACUUCUUCGUUUCUCCCUUUUGAAAUAAUUUUGAGUGUUUUAAGCAUUUUGCAACCUGAUUCUGAUCUCAGGUAUUCAGUAAAAUCCUAUAACUCUGCUAGGGUCUUAAAGAAUAGAUGGAAGUUAAAACUCCAGGAAAACUUACUAUUAUUCUGGACGUAUUGGUGGAGCAAUCUGAUCUCUUUAUAUGCUACUCUCUCACUUUUAAUGUCCCUUAUAGAGUAUAUAAGUCAUUACUUCCAUAAAAUGGAAUAUGUCAGAUUACAGAGUUAUUUUAUUUUUGCUUAUUGAAUGUAUUUCCUCUUUCUUUUUCAUUAAUUUAACCUGUUGAGAAUAGAGACCCGAUUUUAUGAAGAAGCCAGUAGAGUACUGGAUAUGCAUGGCAGGAGAGCAGAGAAUCAGCUAAUCGAUGAUCUGUGCUGUGUGUGUUGAGGAAUGGAGUAGGGGAUGUAGGUGAAUGGGCUUCAUGAUUUGCCUGUCACUCACUUGAAGCCCUUGUUUUUGCACUUUGCAUUAGAGGUGGGAAAUUUUAAUCAAUGGGAGUUUUGCUUCCCAUUUUGUGGGGUUUUGUGAUGUAAUAAUUGAACAGUUCUUGUUUUACAUUUCAAUUUAAUUGCCUCCAUAGAAGAAUAAUUCUGCUUAAUCUAUAAAUGUCAAAACUUCCAAAUUGCACCCAAGUCAUAUUAUUUGCAGAAGCAUAUUUAAAGCACUUUUCCUUUGAAAGCCAGUCCUUUACUUGCCCUCUUUUUGUUUGUUCUUUGUUCCUUUUUAAAUCAGAUGUAAUCCCAUCCUUUAGUGUAUAUCUUUCUUGAGUCCACCAUGUUUAUAGGUGGGAGACUUGAGAAAUACUUAACUAGGGAGAUAGGUAAAAGGUAGGUGAGUAAAGUAUUUUUCAGAUAAUACAAUUAUUAUCUAGUUGGAUUUGAUCUUCCGACCUUUGUUAAUGAUUCCACCCCUCCUAUGAAUUUAAUUUCUUAGGGAGUUUUUAGAUGAUGAUUGUCAAUUCUUCAUGUAUUGGGGAGUUGUGUUUAUUAUUUCUACUUUUUCAAUUUUCCUAUGCCAUGUGGCAGGUGUUUAUUCUCUUAAUGCACUUCAGGUUCAGUAUCUAUAAAGCCUUUGACUCAGUCCUUCUGAGGCAAAUCUACGUUCACUGUAACAUUAAAGAUGGAAACCAAAGGGUUUGAGAAAGAUGAAUGGAGCCUAUUCUCCUUCUGCUGCAGACUUUUAUCUUUCAAAAUCACAAAAAUGAGCAAUGGAGAUCCAGGCUGAGUAUAGAUAAGAACAGUUAUUUUGCAUUCACAUUUUCCUGACCGAUUUUUGGAAAUAGGAAAAAAGUGUGGCAAGUGUCAUGAAGAUUAAAACUGGGUGCUUUGUAUAUGUGCGAAUGAGUACAGAUGACUUUGAGAGAGAAACAAUGUAAUUGAACCCACUGGUUUUGUCAGCCUGGGAAACAGAUGCACUCUUAUUUUUUGAAGUUGUACGACCACUGAUUGUCACACAGCAGAAGGCAGAGUGAACACUUAUGCUUUAAUCAUAAGUGGAAUGGUCACAAUAAGAUAUUUUAUAUAUGACAAAGUUUUAUGAAAUGCUUUUUUACUAUUAGAGACCUGUUUCUUCUGUUGUUACAGAACCCAGUGUUUAUCAGCAGCAGGCAUAAUUCUUUUACUAUACAGUUGCAUGUAGAGGGAACUUCCCAUUUAAUUCAGCCACUGUGGGUAUUUUUAGGGCAUUGUAAUUGAUGGUUUUAAAAUUGCUGAAUAAUUUUUGAUUAAUAAAAAGUCUAAUACAAUUGCUGGUCUUUCAGAAUUACAGAAGUAAAGGAGAAAAGCUAUUUGAGCAUGUGUACUUACAGGUUCAUUUGGGUGGCUGAGUAAAGCUGCUGCUUUUGAAAUAAAAUUGGUGCUGUGUAGACACUUGUAACCAAAAUUAUUUUUAUAACAGGCCUGAAAAGAGGGAAGAAACCAUGCACCUUUGAGUCUCCAAGUUAUGCAUAAUGGAUUUGCUGUAGUUUAUCUGUAUUUUAACAUUGACUUCAUCCAGAUCCAGUAGGAGCACAUUACUGACAUUUAUGAGGCAAAAUGCACCUGUAGCCAGUAUUAUAGAUAUGAUGCUUCAGGCAUAUUGCAUUGAACAUACCUUUUCUAAAGCAGAAAUUCUUCUCAGUUAGGAAAAAAAGAAUAAUAAAAGAAAGCUGCAUCAAAAA